AUGGUGAGUUACGUUGUGAUACCUGGUGAAUGGAGCGAAUGGUCAGGUUUUUCUGAGUGUUCGCGGAAUUGCUCGGGUGAACAAUUUCGACAUCGGACUUGCACUUUAAAGGAUCGUUCUGGACCAGAUUGUGAGGGUCCAUGGAGAGAACAACAAGGUUGUGGGAUCUGGAGCGACCAAGAGUGCGCUGCCAUAAGCGAUUCAACUCCACAGGUCUUCCAAGAAGAGCCGGACCAAACUUGGUACAUCGGACUCGAAGUGUUCGGAGCCUUAUCGGUGAUAGCCCUGGCACUCGUCAUCGUGGUUUUUGGUCUCUUGUACAAGAACCGACGAAGAACUAAGCCUAGGCAACAAAACCUGCAACUUUCGGCGACAAACAGGUCCAAGAAACCGGCGGCAAAAUCCAAUCCAAUCCCGGUUUCGGACUUCCGAUCUCGGGUCCGGAAUGGUUUGAAUCCGUACAAGAACGAAUUUGUUGAACUAGACAAUGACGAUUUUCAUCUUCAUAACGGGUUCUCAAAGUCUUAUGGACGAGCCCAGAACCGAUUUGACCAAGGGAUCUCUCUAAAUAGGUAUUCAAAUAUUUUGCCCUACGAUCACUCCAUAGUUCGAUUGCAAGAGAACCUUUUUGGCACACAAUACGUGAAUGCCAGUUUUAUCCAUGGGAUCGAUGAUAAUCUUACUGUGAUUGCGGCGCAAGGACCCACCAUUGAGACCGUGCCACAUUUUUUACAAAUGAUUUGCGAAAACUCCGUUCACUUUGUCAUCAUGUUGACCAACCUCAAGGCGAAAAAGAGUCAAACGGGGGAGAUAGUGGAGAAGUGUGCCAAGUAUUGGUCGAUCAGAGGAGGUGAACAGACCAACUUACAACCCUUUAAAGUAUCCAAUCGAGCCAAGAAAGCGAUCGCACCUCAUGUCAUCCAAAGGGAGUGCUCGAUCAUCGGACCAGAUCGUAAUAAACACACCUUCACUCACAUUCAAUUUGAAGAUUGGCCACAUUUUGGCACUCCUGAGAGUGCAGAGCUGUUGGUGGAUUGCGCCGAAGAAGUUCGUCAGCUGAUCCCUCCAAACAGAAAAUCGACCAUAUUGGUCCAUUGCUCAGCUGGAGUGGGGCCAACUGGUAUUUUUAUAGGAUUGUUCAAGUUAAUGAACGACAUUGACAAGGAUAUCCCGGCUCUGGAUGUUUACAGCACGGUUCUAGGCAUGCGAAGGGAUCGCAUGUGCAUGGUUCAGCGAGACAUCCAGUACAAAUAUUUGUACAAAUGCACUGAAUGGUACUUGAGGCAAAAAGAUGGAUCUGGAGAUCACAACGAAUCAAACUACGUUUACACCCAAUAAUGAUGAAGAUAGCUCUAAAAAAGGCCGAAUAGCUUUUUUACACGUGUUUCCAACUUUUCAGUCACUUGAAUUUAAUAUUGAUAGAAAGUAUUCUCAAAAGCAUUAAUAACUUAAAGUAAUUUGCCACCAAUUUCCUCAGG